UCGUCGCUCAUUGUUUUCGUUGGAGAUGGGAAAUGUCAGAAAUUUUCAUCGAACUGUGUCAAGUACAUGAGAAUGAAUAGCACUGUCAUAAUUUUUGCUACCCUCUGCUGUUUUGCGCUGUACGCAUCAGCGGAAGAAAUACGCCAACAGCAGCAACAGACACUUCCGGUUUCGGAAAUUCUUGCAGAUGAAAGCUCGGUGCAUACAAGAAGUAAAAGGACGCUCUUCUUGAAAAAGAAAGUUAUCGGGGCCGGACUUCUUGGCCUAGGACUUGGAUUUGCCAAAGGUUACAAAUAUGGACACCAAAGAGGACCGGAAGUACACCACGUAUACCUCUCCCCUCCCCCAGCACCUGUUAAAUACAUCGAGUACGUGGAGAAACCAGUCUUCGUGCAGAGGUUCGUUGAGAAACCAGUCUACAAACCGGUGCACGUAGAGCACGUAGAGCACGUUGAAUGGUCGCAACCUGAUCCACCUCCAUCUUACGGGAGCUGGUAAAGCGAUCUUACUUUAAAAGAAGCAGUGGAGUAAACUAAAAUAAUAAGAAAAGAUCACAGGAGAAUGAAAAAAGAACAAGGGCAUAUACUGUAUAAGGCGAUGAUUUAUUUAUUGCGAUUUUAGUUAACUUUCGAAAUUUUGGAUUUCAUUGUGUCGUGGCUAAGAGUAUUUUUGUGCAAGAAAUGUCGUUACUACUGUUGUUGAAUAUUUUUUAAAUAUAACUCAGAGAUAUGUUUUUAA